UGUUGGAAUAUUAUGUUAAUGUUACCCACCAAGAAAAACUAUCUCUAUUGCCUUGGCGGGCUUGUAGUGACUGUGACUGUUUUGUACAUGAUAUUGUUGCAUCAAGGAAUCAUAGGACAAUAUAACUACAAAACUGAAAUAUAUCAUAAUCAUGAUAGGAAGUUUCCAUUGAAGGCUGAUGCCAUGAUUCCACACGUUAAUGUAUCAACCUCCUUCUCCUCAGAUGCUACAUCGUGUGUCAUUAGUAGUAUCAGCAAUGGACUAAUAUUAGACAAACAACGUCACAUACUCAUCAUUGGUGCAAUGAGUCUCAUUGGAGCUAGACUGACCAUGUACUUACAUGAAAGAGGAUAUCACGUGCUGGGAGUUGAAGAUAUGAUCAAUGUGAACAACGAUGAUAUGAAAUGGUAUCGAUGGUCUCAGUUAAUUGAUAACAGGAUACCAACACAAAUAGUUAAGCUGUCAAGAAAAGAGAGUCUGCUGUCAUUAUUGUCUCAUCAUUCACCUCAAGCUGUCAUAUAUGUACCAACAAGAGUAGAUGGGAUGGAAAGAAAUGAUGACACUGUUCAUUCUGUAUUGAAGAACUUUGUGUCGUUAUUGAUGAAUAUGAAAUCCAAUCCACAAGUUGUGUUGGUCUCCUACUGGAAGACACUACUAGAGAAAGGAUGGUUGACAUCAUAUGAGACCAUUCUGUCAUCAGUGUACAGUCAGUCAUCAUCAGCUAUAAUUAGAGUGUCUAAUCUACAUGAACCAUUGGAAGACACUACUCAAUCAACUGGAGGACAAUGGUAUGUUAAUGACGUGUGCAGUAUUAUUGAGAAAGCACUGACCAGUGAACAGUACAUUUGGGACAUGAACCAAUGCACUAGCUUCACUGAUAAUAAACAAUAUCUUACACCUAGUGACCACCUAGCAAAAACUGAUAAUUGGGUAGAAGAAUAUAAUAAAUAUAUUAAAAGAAAAACAAGAAAUGUAACACUUGGUGCUUACCUAGUCAGUGUUAGCUAUGUAUCGCAGUACGGGAUCUUCCCAGUAUCAAAUAGCUUCCGUUAUAUCUUUAGUUGGUUCACCACUGCCUCUAAACACGGACUAGAUAUAGUAUUGUUUCAUGACACUAUGAGUAAAGGUUUUCAGCAAAGACUUAAAGAGUUUCAUCAUAACACGGAAACCAUUCAUAUCAAACCAACAAGUCAAAUGAUAGCCAACGAUCAGAGAUUCUAUUUCAUUUAUGACUAUUUAGUAAGGAACAGCGACAUCAACCUAGCCAUAGCUACAGACAUCAGAGAUGUAGAAUUCCUUAGAGAUCCAUCAGUGGCAAUGUCCUUUAUUGGAGACUACAUCUACACCGGACUGGAUGUUCCUUUCUUUACAGAUGUAGGGAGCCACGGACAAGCCAAUUCCUACAAGAAAUGCUACCCAGACUAUCCACAUAAUGAAGUAUACAAAACUUAUGGACUUUUCAAUAUUGGUGUGAUUGGUGGGACCAGGUCAGCCAUUUUAACACUAUUGAUACAUUUGUUGUUGAAUAUGGAGGACUCAAGGCACGUUGCUAACAGCUGCUGUGAUAUGCCGUCAAUCGAACUAUUGAUGCAUACUGUGUUUUUUGACGAAGGGUUUGUUGGCUAUCCUUUCAACAGUGCCUUUUUUACACAGACACCUGGACCUAGAGGCUUGUACAUUAGACAUAAACCCAUAUGACAAAUGAAAUUUUAAUUAUUGAUAAGUUGUACCAAGAUACUAUGCAUGUUUAUUACUUAAAGUAGCUAUGUUUGCACUGUAAUCAUUGAUUGGCAUGCUUUGCAUGUGUUCAAAUUACUGCUUUUUUGUGCCAAAUUUUUAAAAUCA